AAAUUUCGCCAGUGUGUUCUGCAGUCGGCAACAUCGACAACCUGCAAAGUUAGCCAAGGGGCUUUAAUUUACCAUCAAUUCCCCAAUUAGUGGCUUCCAUUGUAGUUUGACUGACCGUUAAAGUAAUUCCCAAUAACCAUUUUUAAAGGUUUUAAAUAACUUCGGGAUAAUGGCAGUUCCUACUACGUUAAGACAAACACCCUUAACUUGCAGUGGCCACACUAGGCCUGUCGUCGACCUGGCUUUCAGCGGUUUCACGGAAAAGGGCUACUUUCUUAUAUCAGCAUGCAAAGAUGGAAAACCCAUGAUGAGACAAGGAGACACUGGUGACUGGCUAGGAACUUUUGAGGGCCAUAAGGGAGCUGUGUGGGGAGUUGCUUUAAGCCAGGAUGCUAGUAAAGCUGCAUCAGGUGCUGCUGAUUUCAUCGCGAAGGUUUGGGAUGCUGUAACUGGGGAGGAGAUACAUUCCUUUCAGCAUCAGCAUAUAGUCAAAUGUGUAGCCUUUUCCCCAGACGGGAGCCUGCUAGCCACAGGAAGUAAUGAGAAACUUCUUCGCAUUUAUGAUUUGAAUAAUCCAACUGGUGACCCAUUUAUCAUCUCUGGCCAUACAUCUGGAUUGAGACACAUUGCAUUUCUUGGAAACGGUGAAAAGAUUGUUAGUUGUGCUGACGAUCGGACCGUGAGAUUCUGGGAACGUUCAACGGGAAAGGAAAUACAUCGUAUCGAUUUUACCUCAAUUCCUAAUGGUAUGGAAGUUUCGAACGACGAUGCCAUAUUAACGGUAGCCAGCGGGAACACAGUCAGUUUUUGGAAUACCACCAACUUUGAAAAGAUCAAAGAAUACCAAGUGCCUAGCCAAGUUCACUCGGCCUCAUUACACCCUUCUCGGUCAGUCUUUGUGUGCGGUGGCGAAGACUUUAAAAUGUAUAAAAUCGAUUACUCCAACGGUCAGGAAUUAGAAUCCUUCAAAGGUCAUUUCGGCCCGGUUCAUUGUGUGCGUUUUUCUCCUGAUGGCGAGCUCUAUGCUUCUGGAUCAGAGGAUGGUACCCUUCGCUUGUGGCAGACUACAGUUGGAAAAUCCUAUGGCUUAUGGAAGUGUAGCACCGAAACUCCGACUUCAUCUGAAAUACUUUCACCGGCUAAAGCUGAAACUGCAGCGUGAAGUGGAGCUAAAGGAAAUGACCAAGUUAUUCCUUUCUGUUCCCAGUUAUAACCUCAGUGAUCUUAUUCACACCACGAUAAACAGUGGACACUUGAAUUGUAAAGACGAUAUAAUUUUUGAGCCAUCAGGAAAUACAAGGAAUAUAUCCAUUCCCAAAA